GCCUUCCACAUAAGCAGUUGUGCUAUACCAUGGCGGUGUGGUUUCUACUGACCGUGUUCGCGGGUCUCCUGGCAAUGUGUUGGCUGCUAUUUACGCGAAGACCCGUCGGCCGCGGGCCGAGGGCCGGCCGAGCGAGACGUCCGGCGCACGACUUACUGAGUGAUCCCAGUCUCAUCACAUACAAUGUGAAGGACAUCGACGUCCCGACACUCUCCGGAAAGUUAUUUUCUUUUGUUGUGUGGCUCCACUUCACCAAAUUCGGGCAAAUCUUUCUUAUCCCGCUGUUCAUGAAAGGAGUCAAAUUAUUCAGAUUUAGCGGGGAGUAUAUCCCGGAAAAACCGGUAAUGGAUUUUCGAUCGCUUUGUCUUCCGCCGGCCCAAGAAGACUGUACUCAGGAAAAUAAACUGUUGAUUCAGCGACUUUUGGACGAGGUGGAAGAAGAGAGGGAGGGAGGAGAGGAAGGAAAAGGAGACGGUUUUCGAUUUCCGACCGUGCAAGAUUACUACAGCGCCUACAAGGGAGGGCGUUGCUCGCCAGUCGAGGUAGCAGACGCGAUUCUCGAGGCAAUAAAGAAGACAAAUGCCAUGAAGCCUCCGCUGCGAGCCAUAGUCGAUUUCCACGAGGCAACCGUCAUGAAAAUGGCAGAAGCCUCGGCAGACCGCUGGCAAGAGGGAAAACCCCUCUCUGUUGUUGACGGCGUGCCAGUCUCGAUAAAGGCAGAGUUUCAUACCGAACCCUACUUCUUUCGCUGUGGUUCACUUUUCCAUCCGAUUUUCACGGAGAAUGUUCCGGAAGCGCACCUGGUGAAGAAUUUCAAAGAUGCCGGGGCGAUUAUAAUAGGGUUGGCCAACAUGCAUGAGUUUGGCACGGGCGUUCUGGGCUCUAAUCCAAACCGUUUCAACUUGACGGCGAGGAAUCCUUACAAUACUGGGUGUUUUGCGGGUGGCAGUUCUAGCGGAUCUGCAGUUAGUGUGGCGGCCGGUCUCUGCCCCAUCUCUCUCGGUGCAGACGCCGGCGGUUCAAUUCGCACCCCGGCAUCACUCUGCGGUCUGUUUGGUCUUAAACCGACCCUGGGACUACUAGACUGCAGUGGUGGUAUGCCUUUCACCCCCUCUCUCUGUUCGCCAGGCCCUCUCUGUGCGUCCGCUCUCGAUGCCAUCAUCGCAACGGACAUCCUCUCGCGAAACUCGCAAGGCUCAAAACUCAUCUCGCUUCGCGGUAUCGGAGCUAGAAGUCUCGGCGGGCUAAAGAUCGGCGUGUACCGCGACUACUUUAACCACUGCGACGACAACGUUAGAAAAACCUGCGAGGCUUCGCUGCAAGUUUUGGAGGAUUUGGGAGCCGUGAUCGUGGAAGUAAAAAUCCCGGAAGUAGAAGAGAUGAGAAUUGCUCAUGUGAUUACAGCAAUGAGCGAGUUUGUGAGCGGCCUGGCAUGCGAUGUUGACAAACACUUUGACCUUUUGAACUCCGAAACAUCAAUUUUUUUAGCUCCCGGUUUCCACAUCUCAGCAGCAGACUACAUCAAUUCUCAGAAACAGCGGACGAGGGCAAUUAUUUUUCUGAAGAAAAUCUUUGAAAGCGUCGACGUGAUUGUCACGCCAACCACCGCUUGCGUUGCACCGAAAAUCGAUCCCGAUGGUGUAUCGCAUGGAAAGUUGAUGGGUGCAGAGUCUAGCAAACUCGUGCGCUACGCCGGGCUGGCUAAUCUCGCCGGUAACCCCGCAAUCAGCUGUCCGAUUGGUGUCUCGUCAGACGAAGGCCUCCCUGUAGGGCUGCAGUUCAUCGGGAAGUGGUUCGACGAAGCCACGCUACUGAGCGUCGCAUGGGUGAUGGAGAAAUCAGGACAGUUCCCGGCUAGUAAACCCAGCGUUUUUUGCGAUAUUCUAAACUCUGCUUCGAAAAAGGAUUGAUGUGUAUAUCAAUAAAAUUGGUCUGAUAGCUAAUAAUUUUAUGUAUGACCUAAAGGGAGUG